UACUAUCAAGUUCUGCUUUGAUACCGUCCGGGAUUGAAAGUCUUGACACACUACUUCAAGGAGGGUUCCUGACAGGUAUGGUGAUUGAGUUGUGUGGCCUGUCGGGUGACGGCAAGACUCAACUAUGUUUCACCAUCUCUGCCCACGUGGCAGCUGCGUUAAAGCAGUCUGUUCACUACGUCGAUACCAAAGGAGACUUCUCGGCUCAGAGAGUCCUCGGCAUCAUCAAACAUAAAAAUAUUCCUGAAGAGGAGUGUGCAGCUGCCUUGGAGAGGAUCCAAGUGACAAGGAUUAGUGAUAUUUAUGAGCUCUUACGUUUCCUUCAUCACCUCAAGAGCUGCCUGGGUGAGGAUGAGAGCAUACCUCCACGAGUGGUCAUAGUGGAUUCAGUCCCACCUCUCUACUUCCCCUUCAUGGCCAGUGAUACCAACCAAGGUUUUGGGCUUCUUAAUAACAUGAUGAGCAUGAUGAAAGUGAUGGCCACAGAAUACCACAUACUGUUCAUUGUUGUCAACCUGGCCUCCACCUUUGUAGAGGCAGAGGUUUGUGAUAACGAGGGAGCAGAGGAUAACAGGGAUGCAAUAACGAGUGAUGUUCGUCCGAUGCUGGGCAAGUAUUGGCUGCAUGCACCCAACAUGCGACUUCUUGUCAGCAAACUCAACAGCGAAGCAGCUCAGAGACUGAUAAGGGUCACCAAGAGUACCUACCUACAGACGGGAGCCUCCUGUGUCGUUUGUGUAUCGGAAAAUGGAGUUGUGUGAGAUGGAAAUGUCUUUAUUUUGAACAAUUAGUGAUAAUACCAGUCUCGUGAACUAAUUCAUUGUUUUUUUAGUGUAUCGCCAUGAUGGUGGUUUCAACUGAAUGUCACAGCUUUUGUAUUUGUUACUUAUUUCAUUGUUGUGUAAUCAACUUUAAGUGCCUUUAUCAUUCCAGCUUUCAUAUUUCUCUUUUGGAAAUCUUUGUCAUGCACACAAGACACAAUACUACAUGCUCAAUGUGAUAACAGCUAUACUGAUUUCUUAGUUAACCAUGGCAAAUUUGGGAACAAAGCAGAUAUUUCAUAUGCAACACUAUAUAGCUAAGAUUCAGCGUUAUUAUCAUGUAAUUAAUUGUGACGCUUUUAC